UGGCAGGCAAGGAAACCCUGCAAGCAUUUUGGAUCCGACGCCAACGAUGAACUCGCGCGACGCAGGCUACGGCGGUCCCAGCGCCCGUGACGCUGGCUACGGUGGUCCUAGCCCUCGGGAUGCUGGCUAUGGCGCUCCGGCGCCUCGAGAUGCGGGCCACGGCGGCCGGGACGCAGGCUAUGGCGGCCCCAACGCCCAGCGGGAUGCCGGGUACGGAGCUCCGACAGGCUCGCGCGACGCUGGUUACGGUGGGCGCGACGCGGGCUAUGGCCGACGUGACGAAGGAUACGGUCAGCCCGAUUUGCGGGACAACCCUCGGGACGCAUCUGGUUACGGCAGUGGUUACACGGGACUCAACCAGCCACCGCCGCCGCGACAAGCCAGCGGGAGCCAAGCGCCGCGACCGCAAUAUACAAAGCCCGCACAACCACCAGCGUAUGCGUCCAACAACGUCGCGCCACCGCCGCAGUAUCCAGGUGCGCAGCCGCCUCGCCAUCACAUGCACAUGCCGCCCCACUACGCGAACGCGCCGCCGCACCAUCACGCGGGGCCGCAUAAUCACCACGUCGGUGGCCAUGCACCCCCUCCGCACCACCGAGCGGGUGCUGCGCCGGGUCCGUAUUACCCUCCCCCUCACAUGGCGCACCACGCCCCCCCGCGCAUGCAGCCACCGCCGCACUUUGACCCGACGUACCACAUGCAUGGCCCGCCGCGGGGGCCUCACCCGCCGCCACCCAACGCGCCGAUGAUGUACCACCACCAGAUGCCUCCGCACCACCACGCGCACGGCCCUCCUGGCAUGUAUCCGCCACUUCCGGCCGCGAAUGGGAUGUACCCCCCGGGGUAUGCGCCGCCGGGGCCAGGCCCGUCGAUUCCUCCGAUGAGCUACGUAUGCCGCAAGUGCAACAUGGGCGGUCACUGGAUACACGACUGUAUGAAGAAAUCGGGACCUUCGAACGCGGCGCCGCGGACGGCCAAGCCUGCGCUGCCCACGGCGCCAGGCGACAUGCCGUUCCAUUGUGAGCCCUGCGAGAAGCAUUUUGCGCUCGCAUCCCAGCACGAAGCGCACAUGAACACGCACGAGAGCUGCUGGGCGCCCGACUGCGACUUUAGUGCGUGCAAGCGCGUCGUGACAGCUCAUUACCAGACAAGCCACGGUCAGUUUGCAGGCUCGGGCUUGAAGGAGAUUGAGGUCGAGGGCCAAAAGUUCAACGUGCUCGUUGGCAACUCGCCCGAAGAAAUCGCCAAGUGGCGCGAAGAGCGGCGAAAGAAGUGGCCGUCGGACGCUGUCGUCAAGCGCAAGCUGGAAGACAACGAGGAACGUGUCCAAGCCGGGGAUGUCGUCGCACCCGCGGCCAAGCGCGCCAAGUCCGCAAUGGAAAAACCAAAGAACACGGACUCGCCCAAUGGUACGAAGAAGAGCUCCAAGUUUUGCGUCAAGUACAUCCGCAACGUGUGCGACCUGGGUGACAAGUGCGCGUUCAACCACGACAUUAGUGGCGUGAGCUGCAAGACGUUUUCUACCAAGGGCUUUUGCCGGCGCGGCGACGAGUGCAAGUUUAUGCAUGCCGAGGGCGGCGCCAAGCCCAAGCCUGUGGCCAAGGCGCCCAAGACGGCGGCGGCGCAGGUCAAGGAGCACAAGAGCUCGCUCUUGAGCAAGCUCCUCGAGAAGGACGUGGAGAAGGAGCAACGGCUCAUGCUCCAGGCGUUCCGGUACAUUGUCGAGCACGACUUUUUUGCUUCGAGUUCGGCCUAAGCGCUUAUUCUAGUUCUUCUUACUUAUGUCA